UUUUGCUAGUCUAUGGUCUAAUUACGAUGCGAUUGGGCUGUUGCGGCGAAAAUUAAGGAUUUUUGCCUUACAAUUAUUAAUCCAUCAAGAAAUUUACCGUCCAACCCAUCUCCGUUAAGGUAAGGACGUAAGUUUAAUCUUCGGAAGUACUGGAAAGUGACUAUAUAUUAUGUUAUAUAUUUCCUUUUGUAUCACCACAGCCAUGUUGUUCAAGUAGUGUUCAUUUUACUAAGUUUCGUCAGUUUUCUAGUACACAGAAAGUUUAAAGUUAUUCACAAGUAUAUGUGAAAGACCCAAGUUUAGUUUGUGUUGUGAUUACAAAAGUUGCAAAGUUGAUAUCUCUAAAAAUGAAAAGUGUUCUAAAGUGCCACCGAUACUGGCGUCAAGGCGUCACCUCUAAGGGAUGGAUUCAGAGGAUUCUCGAGAUGGUAGUGGAGAUGCUAAAUCAUCAUCUAGCAGUAGCAGUUCCAGCUCAAGGAGUUCAUCAACAGACCGAAGCCAAGUAUCAAAGAAGAAUCCCAAAUCACCACCUGCUCCUAGUUCCCCCCCAUCCCCCUCCGCCGAUGUGCCCCGGUCACCCUCCCCGGGCUCACGUGGGCCCCGGUCCCCUUCACCCGACAGUAGGUCCAACUCACCAACACCCACUGCUGAACCUCCUAAACAUCCACACUCUCCUGACAACCUGAGCGAGGCACAUUCUGAUAUCAAUUCCCCUGAAAACUCUAUGCCAGGAUCGCCUGCUGGACCUAAAUCACCUGAGGCACCUAAAUCUCCAAGUGUUGCUGGCUCAAAUAUAGCAUCACCAGAACAGCAGUACUCAUCCGCUCCUGCCUCUCCCAAAGAUGGGCCCAAAUCCCCUCAAAGUCCGGCCAGUUCUGCGAGGUCUACGCCAGCAUCUCCUGAUGCUCGUUCCCGGCCGCAAUCUCCCGAAUCUAGAUCACAGCCGGCGUCACCUGAAGCGUGGCAGCCAUCAUCUCCACAGAGGCAGUGUGAGCAAUCUCGCCCACUAAGCCCUUCACCUGAACGAAACUCCUCGCCUAGCCAUCGGAAUGACUGGAGCCCUAAAGACAAGUGGAGAAGAAGAAACAAAGCUGAACAGAAACAAACAGACCCAGUUAGAUCCAGGUCUAACUCCAGCCAGUCUAGUAGAAGUUCUACUUAUAACAAACGGAUUACCUCUAAGGACCCAGCUACAGAAGAAAUUUCUGAUGGUGAAAUGGAAUCAGACACGGAGGAGCAGAAGCCACAGAGUAAGUCAGUAACCAGUGAGAAGGUGGAACACAAGGAGGAAGUAAAUCUUAACAUUAGCCACGAAGAUCUGUCCGAUGUGUCUGACUUGGAUUCAAUGGAUGCAGUGGAUAAAGAUGUGAAGCCCAAAUCCCCGCCAGCGUCGCCAGAGCAUAAAGCUGAAGUUAAGGUGAACGGCAACAACAAUGGCAUCAGCACUCACUCAUCCCCGAAGUCAGACAGCGGCAAGUUCAGUGAAACACCCAAAGUGGACAAGGUCCCUCAAGAGAAGCCCAGCAACGCGGAGGACGGUGAAGAGCUGGACUUCGAGGCUGAAGAGGGUGAAUGCGUGGAGCCCAAGCCCAAGGACCAGGUGGACGGAGAGCCAGACGCAGCCAACACUGUUGAUAAACCUGAGAGAGAAGAGAUCCGCGCGCCGCCUACCCGCGCCUCCUCUCCAGAGGAAGGCGAAGUCUCAGACGAAGCGGAGCGUAGGCCUGAGGAGAGCGAGCCCCGCCCCGUCUGCCGGUUCUACUCGCGAGGCGCCUGCACCUGGGGCAUCAGUUGCCGCUCGGCGCACGUUUGGCCUGAAGAGAGCCCGCCGCGCCCCGUGUGCCGGUUCUACACGCGCGGCGCCUGUGCCCGCGGCCUCUCAUGCAGAUUCCUGCACCCUGGCGUCACGGAUAAGGGCAACUACAGCAUGUUCGAGGUGGUCCGGGGGGUGCCGAGCCACGCCGCCUACCCGCCGCCCGCCGCGCGCGACCCCGCGCCGCCGGAGUCGGCUUGGGAACGCGGACUUAGGACCGCUAAGGAGAUGCUGCGCAUAGCGAACAAGCGCAAAGAGCAAGACAUGGACUUCGAAGAGAAGAAGCUUCACCUCUCAGUCGGCGGCGUUGUUCACGAUCCGGACGCGGAGCUAGCGUAUGCGGCCGCGGCUGUUGGCGCCUCCCCGCCCCCCGCCACCCGCGCCGACCCCGCGCGCGCCGAGCCUGAGGCCUUCAGACCAUACGGCCCGCCGUUCGGCCGACCGCCCCCGCGGUUCCACCCCGGCCCAGGCCGGCCCAUGAUGGAGGAGCGAGACAGAUACUUCGAGCGGGAACGCGUGUAUGAGAGAGAAAGAGUAUACGAGCGAAGCGCGCCGCCGCAUUACGAUGAGGCGUCCGCUAUGGAUGAUGCCUCGUUUCAUAAGCGGCGCAUCCGUCCAUCGCGCGAAGUGAUCGUCCAACGAGCGGAAGUCGAGCGUCGCGAGGGACGCGAGCGGGGCAUGCCGGGGGUGCGGGACGCGCGGGGGGAGGGCCGGGAGGGGCGCGGGGACGAGUGGGCCGACCCCUGGAUGCGUGGCUCGCCGGCCGCCAGGAGACGGCGGCCGCCGAGUUCGGAGGACUCGUAUUCUUCUACUAGCUCUUCAAAUUCCAGUUCGCGAAGCUCGCGGUCGCCCGGUGCCAAACGGAAGAGGAGGGCUUCGUCGUCCUCGAGACAAAGAUUAUCCCCGUCAGUGAUAGUCCGGGAGCGGCGACUGGCCACGGCGCGCGCCACCGCCAUGAACCCGCCCGCGCCGCGCCGCCGCGCGCCCUCGCCCGCCGCCGCGCGCCAGCACGCCGCCAACCCGCCCGCGCCGCCCAGACACAAGGAUGAAGUAGACCCGUACGGGCGAACAAAACCGACAGGUCGCAACAGAAAGCGGUAUUCCAGAUCUUCAUCCUCAGGUUCAGAUUCGUCGUCAUCGUCGAGCGAGUCGGAGAGCGAGUCGCGGUCGUCCUCUUCAUCUGGCAGCUCGUCGGAGGCGGCGCGGCGCGGCCGGCAGGCCAGGCUGUUCAAUGCUGCUGCUAGACCUAGAUUGAAUGCUAAAUCGACUGCAGGACUAGCUGCCGCGGUCUCCACGGCCGUCGCCGGCAAGAAAGAGUCGCUUAGUGAUAAAGAAUCGGGUAAGAAGAGAGGUGCGACGUCACCGGUGAACAGCGGUGUGGCCGCGAAGAAAUCAGUAUCAAGACGAGAGGAGCUGCUGAAACAGCUGAAGGCUGUAGAAGACGCCAUCGCCAGGAAGCGAUCCAAGAUUUAACUCCAACUUCAUCGCGGCAUGUCGCUUCUUUAUUGGUGUAGAUUGUUGGCUAAGGUGUCUCUGAUUGGCCAAGCCCUUCCGCGACUCUUAGGACAUUGGUCAGCCCGGUAUUAGCUUGACACGCAGCGGCCAAUCAGGGAAACCCUGGUCUAACACGACGGGACGGAUACCCCUAGAAUCUAUUGACGUUCAAACACGCAUUUACUAAUAAGCUCUUUGUGAUUGUAACAUUGACAACCAAAAAAUAGUUAUGCUUAGGUACUCUAAUUGUUCGGUGUUUAACCUUUUCAUAAUAAUAUGUGGAAUCUUGUAUUAUCAAUUUUAUUAUCAUCCUAUAAAGUAGAGAAAGUUAACUAUUUUUUUUAUCGCAUCACAAAGUGAGAAUAGAACCUAAUUUUGUAGGUUGACUAGUUUACCGAUUAUUCUGUAAGGAAAUUCAUAAGCAAAAUAAAUAUGUUGUUUUGUAA